AUGUCGAUGCAGACCACACUUCAGAAGCAUCUCAUUCCUGCCUUUCUCUCCUUCCUAGGAAAGUAUCGCAAGCACUCAAAAAGGAAGUGAACCAUAUUCACGGAGAAACAGUUGGCAUAUUUAAAUUUUCUUAAAAACAAAAAAAACCCAUACCCCACCCUUAGCCUCCAGAGAGAAAUGGCCUCAAAAAUGGAGCUCCACCUAACAGUCCUGCAGGUUUGGUUCAAGAAUCGUAGAGUGAAAUUCAAGAAAGCCAAAGAUGAGGAUUUCCCAUCAGAACAGCAAGAAGUUCUACAGCGAUUCGCUGAGGUCAUGGUCAAGAUCGGCUCCGCCAAGGAAAAUGUGGCUGCACCUCCAAGGUUCUCUCUGGAGCCUCCCAUGAAUCUCAUUUGUGCAGAUCCUCUGAUACCUUCCUUCCAGCUCAGCAUACAGCCUGCCCUGAAGGCUCUCACAGACCAUCCUCUGGGCCACAAAAUGGUUCAUGUUGGCUGCCGCCAAGACCCAAAUACAUACUCCCUCUAUCCCAUUGUAGAAUCCUGA